AUGCCAUUUUCGAUGAGAAACAUUUUGUCACUAUUAAAAAAUAGAGAAAGCGACGAAUCGUUUGCUGUAAUGGUAGCUUGCUACUUUUGGUCUACCCGGGAUGAGUACGUACUGAAGCGCUAUAUAACUGAUAAACCAGUGGAUGCAAAAAGUAUGUGCACCAUGUUACAAGGGCGUCUAGGCAAACGUUCGUCCCUAUUUUCCUCCAGUCAUCAUACUGGAUCGAAGCGCCAAGCUUUGUCUCUGCCCUUUAAAAAUGAAAGGUUCCAUAAACGUCCUGAAAAUUGUUUUACGUGCGGAAAGGCGGGACACAAGGCUGCUGAUUGCAAAAACCCAUCUGCAAGUGUUUAUUUCCAAAGAAAGAAGAUUGACAGAGAGGUUACUUGUUUUAAGUGUGGCAAGUUAGGACGUAUUUCUCCUUGCCCGUAG